GGUUUUAUUUGCACAACCUAUUCGAUGUGCACGCACUCAGCAUGUAAGCUGUAGCACUGUGACAAGCCAGAUUAAAGUAGCAGCCAAUUACGCUGGCAGUAAAAUGGAAUACCUAAAGUUUGUCUGUGUUUUGUGUCUGGUUUUCCCUGUCGUGUUAGCGGACGGUGAGGACCCUCCAGUGGUUACCACGAGCCAGGGUCGCAUCGUCGGCACGAGGUUCGAGUUUAGCCCCAUUGACCCUGCGCUUCGCCGGAGCGUGGACGCCUACCUCGGCAUACCGUACGCUGAGGCUCCCAUCGGCCCGCUGCGCUUCAAACCUCCCGUCGCUAAGUCGUGGAGCGGGGAGCUUCAGGCUACCAAGCUGGGCAACCGCUGCCCUCAACCAAUCGUACCUCUGGGAAACUACACAAUGACUGGGCCAUUCGGCGAAGAUUGUCUCUGUGUUGAUGUAUUUGUGCCUCAACCUCUGCCUCCUGACGCAGCCGUUCUUGUCUUCAUUCAUGGCGGUGGCUACAUCAUAGGAGCUGGUAUUACGGAAGAUAUGUACCCGACCCCCGUAGCUGCCGUUGGUGACGUCAUUGUUGUGGCACUCAACUAUCGCCUUGGCUCGUUUGGAUUUCUUUCGACAAAUGAUGACGUCAUUCCGGGUAACAUGGGUCUUUUGGACCAGCGUCUGGCAUUGGAAUGGGUGAGAGACAACAUCAAAGCUUUUGGAGGAGAUCCUACACGAGUGGCCAUCUUUGGUGAGAGUGCCGGGGCAGGAAGCAUAGGUCUGCAUAUGGUGUCACCGGGAAGUGGAGGACUCUACCAAGGCGCCAUCUUGGAGAGUGGUGAUGCAUCUGCUCCUUGGGCAACUCUUCCGGGAGAUACGGCGCGUCGCCAUGCUUUUGCUCUGGGGAAGCUCGUCGGAUGUGAACGACAGACGUCGGAAGAGUUGCUGGAAUGUUUGCAGCAGGUGGAGGGAUUCGACAAGAUCAUAGAAAACCAGUACGAGAAGUUACUUCAGGAAUUUGGUCAAAAGAGUUUGAUGCCCUUUGCACCUGUUAUUGAUGGCGAGGUCAUUCCUGCUGACCCCAAUGACCUCUAUGAGCAGGGCGCCAUCAACGACGCAGUUUCCAUCAUUGGGGCUCUCGCUGAUGAAGGGAUGCUCAUGGUAGGACCUGCCUUCCCCAACAACACCGAAGAGGCGCCGUUUGUUGAUAGUGACACCUACGAUGCCUAUGCCAAAUUUCACCUGAGUUGGAUGGUGACCCCAGAGUCAGUUGUUGCAGACACGGUCAAAAUGAUGUACGCUGACCCUUCUUGCGCUGGCACGCCGGACUGCAACUACCUCCAGAGCCUGUCGCAGGCUAUCGGCGACGCCAUGUUCGUGUGCUCUGGGGUGAAAACGGCCAAGGCCUUCACCAAGGCGGGCCGCAAGGUAUACCACUAUCACAUGAGUCAUAUUGCAACGACAACCUUUCUGGGCAAUAAGUGGACCAAGGCGACUCACGGCGACGAUCUCCUUUUCGUCUUUGGUCUGCCUCUCGUCCCUUCUGCAAACUGGUCGUUUACCGAAGAUGAAGCCCGGAUGUCGAUCCAGACCAUCAAAUACUGGGCCAAUUUAGCUAAAACCGGCAAUCCUAAUCUGUCCUCUUUGAAUGCCGAGCAAGGGAAGGAGGAAAACCUGCCGGAAUGGCCGUUGUUUACCCUCGAGGAACUCGUCUACAAAGACCUGUCACCAUCUAUGGGGAAUGGGCGUGGCAUCAAGGCCAAGGAGUGCCUCAUGUGGAACGAAUUCAUACCAAAACUCGUUCAGACUGCUGAGGAAGCCAAAAAGUGCCGAGAGACCGAAGAGGCGAAAGAGAACAAAGAUGGCGUCGAUGAGGAAGGAACGUGCACGAAGGAGACCUGCCCUGAAGAAUAGAGGAAUGAUUCAUUUGCCCAGCUGGGGUUUGGGACCAAAGAUAUCUAAAGCCAAGAACAGUUUAAACUCAUUAACAUCUUCACAUGGGCAGGCUUAGUCACAUUUCAUGUCGCGUUUUUCUUAGGCUAGUUGUUUUUUCUGUGAUUGUGUUUUUUUUUACUUUUGCAUGUUCACUGAGCUUAGUGCAAGAUGCUUUUCAUCAGAUGGGAAUGCUUGACAAGAGGUUAAGACAGUCACGCACGUGAAUGAGAGAGUCGUAAUAAGGGGUUAGAUUAGUUGAGAAAGAAUGACACACAGUUUAGUUGGCAUUAAUGUUGAAUGCAUUUUGUCAGUUUCUGUACCAUUAUGAUACUUAAACAUCGAUGAUAAUUUGGAAUCUUUGAAAUUUAUUUAAUCCAAUACUAUAAUUUUAUUAAAUUUAAAUGCUAAAUGAAAUCUAAAAUCAAGCCUGGAAAAGAGAAAGAAGUGUCGAGGUAGCGAAAGUUGCAUAGGAGCGUCUGUUUCAAGACUGCUCAUAUACUGCAACGAUUUUUAUUUUGGCUAGGACGCUCAGCUAUUGUCGCGAGACAUGACAGUGUGAUUUACAAAGAACCUCGUUAUGAUGUUGUAUGAAAAUAUUUC